CUUUUUGAAAGGUGUCGGCUUAAGUUUCAAUUAAGUUGGAUGUUGUACUAGUAAUAAACAGCUUCUAUGUAGUGUUAGUAGCAGCUGUCUUAACCUCAACAUUCCCAAGCCAUUGUAUAUUUGAUAUUUGCAUUGGCGCUACUCAUUUUUUUAUGAGUAGUCCGUUCGGUCUUUAUUCGCCAUGAAGUUUACUGCUGUCGCAGCAGCUUGCGUUUCGUUAAUUUCGCAGGUCCUCGCCGAUUCCACCAUUGCUGGAUCCUCAUCUUCUAAGAUCACUCUCCCAGCUACUUUCAAGCCCCCCCAAGUUUUCAAGAAUGCCAAUUUGGUACAUAUCAUCUCGCUAGAGAAAAGCUAUGCAAAGGAGUCCAUCAACGUCCUAGUUGAGAAUGUAUCCCCCGAGCCGCAAGAUGAAUACUUCCUCCCAUUCACCAGCCAGCAGAUGGAGAGGAUCGGAGGCAUUGAGGUGAAGGACAGAAAGGAUGCGACUGUGACAGGCUUCGGAUUAGAAGCUGUCGAGUUUGACCUUUCAAGCGAUAUUCAAUAUUAUCGCAUUAAGUUACCUACACCCUUACCGGCCAAAGGACAACAGACCCUAGGCAUUUCCUUCUACUACCUCGAUUCCGUUGCGCCAUUGCCAGCUGCGAUUCAACAAUCCGAAAAACAGUACCUUGUCUACCAAUUCUCAGCAUACUGUCUAUCAGCUUACCCGACCUUGAAGCAAAAGACGGAGGUUAAGCUCCCCUCUUCUGAUAUUACCGACUACACCAAGCUUGCGAGCAGCGGCGAGACGAAGGAAUUCCCACAGAAACAAGGGUCGAAGCUUACAUACGGUCCUUUCCCCGAAGUUCCGGCUGGCGCAGUGUCUCCGGUCAAAGUACGGUACGAGUUCACCAAGCCCGUCAACUUUGUGUCGCAUUUGGAACGCGAUAUUGAAGUUAGCCACUGGGGCGGUAAUGUCGCUUUUGAAGAGCGAUAUACUCUAUUCAACCAUGGCGCCAACCUUUCGGAGCAGUUUAACAGAGUUAAAUGGGCGCAGGCUCAGUUCUUCAACCCUCAAUCGUAUGCCUUGAAGGAGUUAAGGUUCCCCCUCCGAGUUGGAAGCAAGGAUGUGUACUUCACGGAUGUUAUUGGCAAUGUAUCGACAUCGCGCUUCCGCUCUAACAAACGGGAGGCCAACCUCGAGCUCAAGCCUCGUUACCCUGUCUUUGGCGGCUGGAAGUAUCCGUUCACCAUUGGUUGGAACGCCGAUGCUAAGUCCUUCUUGAAAAAGAAGUCUGGUGAUAGCUACAUAUUAAACGUGCCUUUCCUCGAGGGCCCUAAGCAGCAGGAAGGUGCCGCAUUUGAGCAGACCCAAAUUCGCGUGCUCUUACCAGAAGGCGCCGAGAAUGUCCGUUUCUAUACCACAAUCCCCGAAUCUUCCAUCACGGGUUACACGGUUGAUUUGCAAAAGACUUAUCUAGACACUAUUGGCCGCACAGUGCUGACAAUCAAGGCAAGAAAUUUGGUGGAUGACUUACGAGACCGCGAGCUUAUCGUCUCAUAUGACUAUUCGCUACUCGCUAGCCUGCGCAAACCUUUGAUCAUAUUUUCGAGUAUGAUUACAGUAUUUGUUGGAAUGUGGGCAAUCUCCAAGGUGGAUGUUAAGUUCUCCACGAAAUAAGAGGCGUUUGGUUCUUCUUGGGAUGAGGUAUAUGCGCAUGUACGUUAGAGGGAACUUGGAAGGGGGGGAAUUCCAAAAGGAUUUGGCGGUGGCCUCCAAGUCUAGAGUAGCCCAUAUGGCGUAGAUACGGCACGAAUGAAUGCAAAAAAAGAAUUUAAUGAAUUGAGUCCUCCGAGUUGUCGAUCGUCGCCGUGCUCCGAGGCCAAGAGAUCGGCUAGAUAUCUCGCAUAUGCUGCCGAGCUUCAAUGAGUUGAUA